ACACAACAGCAUCCAUGCAGAAAUUCAUAUCUCAAACAUUCAAGAAACUGCUGGCGGGUCCUUCUCUUUUCAAAAAGGGUCCAGUUGCGGCUUACACUUCUCUGCUCUUUCUUCUUAUCCUGCUCACCGCUGCCUUCGUCUCUUCCUUCUGGUCUACGCUUCCUACAGCUAACACAGCGGCAAGCACAAUUGCCAACAAAAUCUUAGGGGGGACUGAUUCUGCAAAGAUAAAAAGGUUCGAGCAAGCGACAUUAAAUUGUAGCAUUGAGAAUAACGGAACAUGCCCAAGUAAUUAUUACCCAACGACAAGGUUUGAAAUGGAAGAGGAGGGAGGCGUGUGUCCGGAGUACUUCCGGUGGAUCCACGAGGAUCUGAGGGCGUGGAAGGAGAAGGGGAUAAGCAGAGAGAUGGUGGAGAUAGCGAAGAAGACGGCACAUUUUCGAUUGGUGGUGAAGAAGGGUAGAGCGUACGUGGAGAAGUAUAAGAAAUCGAUACAGACACGUGACGAAUUUACGAUAUGGGGCAUUCUGCAACUUCUGAGGAGGUAUCCUGGGAGGGUGGCAGACUUGGAGCUAAUGUUUGAUUGCGAUGACUUGCCUGUGAUCCAUGCCCGCGACCACCAUGGCCCCAAUAUCACGGCCCCACCACCUCUCUUUCGCUAUUGUGGUGACCGCUGGACUGAGGACAUCGUCUUCCCUGAUUGGUCCUUCUGGGGUUGGGCCGAGAUUAAUAUAAGGCCUUGGGAACAUUUGCUGAAGGAGAUAGAAGAGGGCAAUAAAAGGAUUGAAUGGGACAACAGAGAACCAUAUGCCUAUUGGAAGGGAAACCCUUUUGUUGCUGAAACUAGGCAAGAUCUUCUCAAAUGUAAUCUUUCAAGCGAACAAGAUUGGAAUGCUCGUUUAUUUGUGCAGGAUUGGAUUCUAGAGUCCCAACAAGGAUUCAAUCAGUCAAACUUGGCAAACCAAUGCACGUAUAGAUACAAGAUUUAUAUUGAAGGAUAUGCAUGGUCUGUGAGUGAGAAAUACAUUCUAGCCUGUGACUCAGUUACUCUAUUGGUGAAGCCUCGUUUCUAUGAUUUCUUCAUAAGAAGCUUACAGCCAACGCAGCAUUACUGGCCUAUACGGGACAAUAACAAAUGCAAAUCCAUCAAACAUGCAGUUGAUUGGGGCAACAAUCACAAGCAAGAAGCACAAAAAAUUGGUAAAGCGGCGAGCAAAUUCAUUCAGGAAGAGCUAAAGAUGGAUUACGUGUAUGACUACAUGUUCCAUCUGCUAAAUGAAUAUGCGAAGUUGCUCAAGUUUGAGCCAAUAGUGCCAGAAGGGGCUGUGGAACUCUGCGCGGAGGCCAUGGCUUGUCCAAGAAGUGGGUUUGAGAAUAAGUUUAUGAAUGAAUCAAUGGUUACGGAACCGUCAACAAAAGCCCCGUGCUCUUUGCCUCCUCCGUUGGAUCCCACAUCGCUCAGGAUUUUUAAUGGCAACAAACUCAAUUUAAUCAGGCGAGUUGAGACGAUGGAAGAUAAUUACUGGAAAAACGCCACUGAGCAAUUGCACACACAAACUUGAUUUAAUUUAAUCCCAAUAAUUAGCUGUAGAAAUUAUAAUUUACACUAGGC